AUGGCGAAUAUUUAUUUCCAUAAAAGCAUUGAAGAUCCAUACAUACCUCUACCAGUCUUCCCACCAAUACAUCCUGCAGAGUUAAAAUCCUCAAAUUUUGACUACAAUUUACCAAUAAAAGGUGUAAUUAAGAUAUUCACGGACGGUUACAGGCUAAUUUAUAUUGGCGAAUACAAAGUAGGAUGUGCAUUCGUAAUAUACGUCGAUGGUGGUCUUGUAGAGUAUCGCAAUUUUAGACUUACAGAUUAUUCAACAGUUUUUAACGCAGAAUUAUGGAUGAUACUUCUGUCACUUCAAUGGAUGCACCAAAUCAAUAUCAAUAGCGAAACAAAUAUCUAUUCUGACUCACACUCCAGUUUUCAAGCCCUUAGCAACACGAACACGAAUGAUUACCUAGUUCAAAUGAUAAAAAAUACUUUCAACAGUAUUACUAAAUUCCACUGGAUUAAAGCCCACAAAGGAUAUGAGGGCAAUGAGGAGGCUGAUAGACAGGCCAAAUUAGCUUGUCAAAAAUCAACAAUAGAUCAAACAUGCCAAUCAAAUAGACAUGCCAUCAAAACAGACAACAAGAACAGAACUUAUGAAGAAUAA